UCUGAGUGAGCCAGUAUAGUGGCGAAGAGACAAUAAUGGCCUCUCCAUCAGCGCGCAUCAGUGCGGCGGCGCUAAUGGCGAUGCUGGCGGUGCUGGCGCUCGCCGCUGGUGGCAGCGCACAGCUGCAGUACGGGUUCUACAAAGGCAAGUGCAACGCCAGCGACGUGGAGGCGGUGAUCCAGGGCAUCGUGAAGGUCCGCUUUGCGCGCGAGAACCCCAUCGUCGCCUACCUCCUCCGGAUGCAGUUCCACGAGUGCGCCGUCAAUGGGUGCGACGGUGGUCUGCUGAUCGACGGGCCCGGCACGGAGAAGACGGCGGCACCGAACCUGAGCGUCAAAGGCUACGACCUCAUCGGAGCCAUCAAAACGGCGCUGGAGGGGAGGUGCCCCGGCGUGGUGUCCUGCUCCGACAUCCAGAUCCUCGCCACCAGGGACGCGGUGGCGCUGGCCGGCGGGCCGGCGUACGCGGUGCGCACGGGGCGCAGGGACCGCCGGCAGUCUCGAGCCUCCGACGUGAGGCUCCCGGCGCCCGACUACACGGCGGCGCAGGCGGUCGCCUACUACGCCAGGCUUGGGAUGAACGCGUUCGAGACGGUGGCGCUGCUGGGCGCGCACACCGUGGGCGCCACGCGCUGCAGCGCCAUCAAGAACAGCAGGCUGUACAGGUACGGCGGCAAGCCCGGCGCCACCGACCCAGGCAUGGACCCGGCCACCGCGUCCGUAUACAAGAAGUGGGUGUGUCCGAACGUGUCCUCGUCGGACGGCAACGCCGUCUUCCUGGACGACCAGUGGAGCGCGCUCAAGGUGGACAACCACUACUACAAGAACCUGCAGCAGAAACGUGGAGUGCUCUCCGUCGAUCAGAACCUGUACAGCGACGGCUCCACGCGAUGGAUCGUCGACCAGCUCGCCAGCAACGCUGCCCUCUUCCAGUCGCAGUUCGCCAAGGUUCUCGUUAAGCUCGGCGAGGUCAACGUGCUGACAGGCGUGCAGGGAGAGAUUCGAAAGGUCUGCAGCAGGUUCAACUGAACAGAACACCCGUGCCUCGACCUCCAUUGUCGGCUCUUCUUCUCAAUUUAUUAAUUCGUUUACUCUUCUCAAUUUCCUCUUGCUUUGAUGAAACGAAAUGCUUCUUGGUAUUUCCUCCUUUUGGUUUGAUUAACUUUGUAUGAUUUUCAAUCCAUUCCAUUUUUUUAAUUACACCUUUUUUUGUAAUAACAUAUGUAUACGAUGGAUGAAUGUACCAUUUGCAUGACCAAGCUCUUUUUAGUAAUGUACAAACUGCUUGUUUUUGUUUUUGUGUUCCUCAUUAUUCCUGAUCAGAUGUCCGAUGUUCCGAACUGUGGCCACUUUAUUCUUCCUUGUAUAUGCUCCGUACAUGAGAGUCCAUGGUGUUGAACAGGCACUGAAUAAACUCUGGCUGAGCAAUGGGGACGAGAAACACAACACAACAAAUUUCAAACCAAUCGAAUGAGACUAGUCAGCACAAUAAAAUUUGCAGUUCCUAGUUGAAGUAUUUAAUUACGAUAUUGCUUAAAGAAUGUUCAGAAGCACAAACACCAGAUGAGAAAUGUAACCAUUUCAACUUUCAAGUUCCGUUCACACAAUUUCUUAUCCAUAAUAUCUAAGCAAUUUGGGCAUUAACAUAAUUCCAGUUUAUGGCGGCCAAAAUUCAAUGGUGACUAACACUCAUCUAGAAGCUAAGCUGAAUUCACGAACAUUCAAAUAUCAAAUGGCAUACAACAAA